AUGUCGCACAGUCAGGAAAGUGCUGCAACUACAGUGUCUAGCGUGAAUGCGGAAAGUCAUGAGACCGAAUUGUUUCUUGCGUGCCUUCCGCCAGAGACACCGGUCUAUAGCUACCAUGAUCACCCGGAUUUAGAAACUCUUCCAACUGGAAGCUCCUUUGUCGUUGUGAAAGACUUCCCUCCAUUGAUGUUUCGCAAGAAAGACGAGCAGUUACCAGGACGUGCUGAGUAUUCGUCAUCAUUGCAACUUCUUAUACUCAAAAUGCCGACCAAUUCCCACGAGACAGCAGCGAGAUGCUUCGAAACUUCUCUAAUGGAGGUUGCUUCUCGCAUGGGCGUCCGUCGAAGAAUUCUACAAUGCGGAGCCACCCGUUAUUAUGGCCGCGAUCGAACCAAAGAGGCCGAUGUGUCAUUCAAGCCAACCCGAUACAGCCAUCGCAAGUGGCCCACAAUGGCAGUAGAGAUCGGAUGGUCAGAAACAAGGGCGAAGCUGGAGAAAGAAAUUAUCUGGUGGAUAAAACAUUCUCACGGUGAUGUGAGACAAGGCAUCACCAUCGAUAUUAAACAAGGAUCCGGUAAUAUUGAAAUGAUAUCAUGGGUUCCUACGAUGUCGAUCUCCCCCAGCCGAGUCCGGAUAUCUUCAAAGGAGAGGCAGGUUCUCUCAAAGGCAAUUAAUCACAUACCACCGCCUCGAAUCGACCAGAAGAUUGGAAUCAAGAGAGGAAAAGGCAGCGCAGGCCCCACCAUCACAGGAGGUAAUUUAACAAUUCCGUUCGCCUCCGUACUUCUGGACAAUCCCGGGGAAGGAGAAGGAGACUUCGUCAUCACUGCCGAGGAACUUUUGCAGGACGCCGAGCUUGUCUGGAUGGCAAUGGAUAUUGAAGCGGAGGAAAAAGCAAGGCGUUAA